AUGUCCUUCAAAAUAGCUUUCUUCUAUCCGCCCUCUGGUGUCAAUCUUCAUCUCAGUCUCCGUCCCGCGCAGCUGGAAGUUCGUCUUGCCGACACCAUUGAGACAGACGGACACGAUGAAUCCCUGCACGUCAGAUCCAUAUUACAAGGGCUUCGAGCAAGGCGGCGCGGCGCGUGCGUGCUCAAAGAGAGGGAGAAAACAAGGGUCGUCCCAUCUCUCCACCUCGCAAUUAACUGUUUCCUGGCAGAAACGCGGGUCUCCGUGUCUGCCCGCUGA